GCGACUAAGGAACUUCAAAGACAUCGCGCUAGUGGGUGAUCCAAAAAUAUACGUAUAUAUUUAGAUACACCCAUUGUUAGAUACUCGAAAACCAGCGGUGGGAAAUGAAAAACUCCCAAUCCAAACUUCAAUAAUCGAAUUCGAUGCAUUUCUGUUGGAUAUCUCUGAUUAUUCUCAGCCUGAGCAGAGUGCAGGCACAGUUUUAUGGGGGUAAUGCAUACGAAGCAUCCAGUGGUCAGUCCAUACGUCUGGGCCUUAUCACCGACGACGCCACCGAUAGAAUGCGGCAGACUUUCGAGCACGCCAUAUCGGUGGUAAACAAUGAACUGGGUGUUCCUUUGGUCGGCGAAACCGAGCAGGUGCCCUACGGCAACUCCGUCCAGGCCUUUGCCCAACUAUGUAGGCUAAUGCAGAGUGGAGUGGGCGCCGUCUUUGGGCCAGCUGCCAGGCACACAGCCUCCCAUCUUUUGACUGCCUGCGACUCGAAGGACAUACCCUUCAUAUACCCGCAUCUCUCGUGGGGAUCCAAUCCGGAUGGUUUCAAUCUGCAUCCAAGUCCGGAGGACAUAGCCAAUGUGCUCUACGACAUUGUAAAUCAGUUCGAGUGGUCCCGCUUUAUAUUCUGCUAUGAAUCCGCUGAGUAUCUGAAAAUUUUGGACCACCUAAUGACCCGAUAUGGCAUCAAAGGACCUGUCAUCAAAGUGAUGCGCUACGAUCUCAACCUGAAUGGCAAUUACAAAUCGGUGCUGAGACGCAUUAGAAAAUCGGAGGACAGUCGCAUCGUGGUCGUGGGUUCAACAGCGGGCGUGGCGGAGUUACUGCGUCAAGCCCAACAGGUGGGCAUCAUGAACGAGGACUACACAUACAUCAUUGGAAACCUCAACCUGCACACCUUCGACCUGGAGGAGUACAAGUACAGUGAGGCGAACAUCACAGGUAUACGAAUGUUCUCCCCUGAUCAGGAGGAAGUGCGAGAUCUGAUGGAAAAGCUGCACCAAGAACUGGGGGAGAGUGAACCCGUAAAUAGUGGUUCUACAUUUAUCACCAUGGAAAUGGCUCUUACCUAUGAUGCGGUACGUGUCAUCGCGGAGACAACAAAGCAUCUUCCCUACCAACCUCAGAUGCUAAACUGUUCCGAGCGCCACGACAAUGUUCAACCCGAUGGUUCCACUUUCAGGAACUACAUGCGAUCGCUGGAGAUCAAAGAGAAAACCAUCACAGGUCGCAUAUACUUCGAGGGAAAUGUGCGCAAGGGCUUCACUUUUGACGUCAUCGAACUGCAAACCAGUGGAUUGGUCAAGGUGGGCACUUGGGAGGAGGGCAAGGACUUCGAGUUCCAGCGACCUCCCCAAGCUGUCAACUUCAAUGACAUUGACGAUGGUUCCCUGGUCAACAAAACCUUCAUCGUUCUAAUAUCUGUGGCGACCAAACCGUACGCCAGUCUGGUGGAGAGUAUUGACACACUAAUAGGCAACAAUCAGUUCCAGGGCUAUGGAGUGGAUCUAAUCAAAGAGUUGGCCGACAAGCUGGGCUUUAACUUUACCUUCCGCGACGGUGGCAAUGACUAUGGCUCCUUCAAUAAGACCACGAACUCGACGUCAGGAAUGCUCAAGGAAAUUGUCGAAGGGAGAGCUGACUUGGCCAUCACUGAUCUUACCAUAACAUCGGAGCGAGAGGAAGUCAUUGAUUUUUCCAUACCAUUCAUGAAUUUGGGCAUAGCCAUUUUGUAUGUGAAACCGCAGAAGGCUCCACCCGCUCUUUUCUCCUUCAUGGACCCAUUUUCUUCGGAGGUGUGGCUCUACUUGGGCAUUGCCUAUCUGGGAGUAUCGCUCUGCUUCUUUAUUAUAGGUCGACUUUCGCCGAUCGAAUGGGAUAAUCCAUAUCCAUGUAUUGAGGAGCCCGAAGAGUUGGAAAAUCAAUUUACUAUCAAUAACUCGCUUUGGUUCACAACGGGAGCUUUACUGCAGCAAGGUUCUGAAAUUGCACCCAAAGCACUCAGCACGCGAACAAUAUCUGCGAUUUGGUGGUUUUUCACUUUGAUCAUGGUGUCUUCCUACACCGCCAACUUGGCUGCCUUCUUGACCAUCGAGAAUCCCACUAGUCCCAUCAACAGCGUUAAAGAUUUGGCCGACAACAAGGACGACGUUCAGUAUGGAGCUAAACGUACAGGAUCUACAAGAAAUUUCUUUUCGACGUCGGAGGAACCCAUCUAUAUCAAAAUGAACGAGUACUUGAACGCCCAUCCGGAGAUGCUAAUGGAAAACAAUCAGCAAGGCGUGGACAAGGUGAAGUCGGGCACCAAGUACGCUUUCCUCAUGGAGUCCACCUCGAUUGAAUUUAACACGGUUAGGGAGUGCAAUCUGACCAAAGUGGGAGAUCCGUUGGACGAGAAGGGCUACGGCAUAGCGAUGGUAAAAAAUUGGCCCUAUCGCGAUAAGUUCAACAAGGCCCUGCUGGAGCUGCAGGAACAGGGUGUCCUGGCCAGGCUGAAGAACAAAUGGUGGAACGAAGUUGGAGCCGGUGUUUGCAGUGCAAAAAGCGAUAAUGAUGGUCCUUCUGAGUUGGGCGUGGACAAUCUGAGUGGCAUCUACGUUGUCUUGGUCAUCGGAUCCAUCAUAUCCAUAAUUAUCUCCAUUCUAUGUUGGUGCUACUUUGUCUACAAGAAAGCUAGGAACUAUGAGGUACCCUUUUGCGAUGCCUUGGCUGAGGAAUUCAGAAUUGUCAUCCGCUUUUCGGAAAAUGAAAGACCUCUAAAGAGCGCCCAGUCCAUAUACUCUCGUAGUCGGAACUCAUCUCAGUCCAUAGAGUCCCUUAAGACUGAUUCUGAGGAAAAUAUGCCGGUUGAGGAUUAAAUAUGAGAUAU